AUGACCGGCGACUUGUUCCUUCUGUCGGAGCACGUCAUCGCCGACUGGAGGAACUACGCCCACGGGGUCGUGAGGGACAAGCUGCUGGCGCGACCUCAUCUCGGCGGCCUCGGGAAGACAGUGCAAAUUCACCAGUGCCUUCUUUGCGCUAUUAUGCACAUGGCAGAAUCUGUUGGGUUAGACUACAGGAGCCUGCUCAAAUCUGAAACGGUUGCGGCAAAGAAUAUAUCAGAGUACACCAAAGGACAAGUGAAUGCAGACAGAUGGCUGCGACUGCUUGCCAAGUACGGAUCGUACGGCGGAGAUGACCGCGUCGUGGUGCAAGCGGCCGGGCUCAAGUUCCUGACACGGUUGCUCAGGGAGUCCGGCACGGAAGGCGUCCGCCGACUGCUCUCCUGGAGCCUGGUUCGCCAGUGGGCGCCCUUGGCCGAUGGCAGCCUCGAUUCAGAGGGUCCCUGGGCGCGCAACGUGAGCUGCGUCGAGACGGUGAUGGCGGUGCUUAAGCUGCCGUUCCUGGCGCGCGUCCUUUUCCAGAGUGUAUCAAAAGACCGACUAAGGGACGCUAGCUCAUUGGCGAGAAAGAUGCACAGCACAUUCUCCAACAUGCUUGAAAACUCAUCGACGUUCCAAGGAGAGCCGAGGCAGAAAAUUAUGGACAAAUUGACCAAGCUGAAGAUAGUCAUCGGCUAUCCUGAAGCAGUCAACACAACCAAGAAAGUGGACGCUCUCUACGCCGGACUGACCUUGUCGGGAGCAACUCUAUUCGAGAAUUGGCUUGAGGCCUCCAAGUACAAACAGAAGAUUAUUUCCAAGGAUCGCGAGACUAUGCUGUUCGACGCAACGUCGGCCAUGGUGUUUUAUGACGCAAUGGCAAACCAGGUGAUCGUCCCAGCUGGGGCACUGCUGCCACCGCUAUUGUACAGCCCAGAGGGGGCUCCUGCUUACAAUUAUGGCAGCUUGGGACAAUAUGUAGCUCUGGAAAUGGCCCGUGGCUUCGGACCGAUGGGUAAAAAUUCCAACUACGAGAACGAGCUAAACCCUUGGGUAACUCCAGAAGUGCAGAGAUUCUACGACAGCGUCAAGAACUGCCUGACUGAAAGCUGGGAUAUUGUCAAGAACGACCAUCUACCUUUUCACAACCCGCCGGAAGUAGACAGUUCCUUUGUGAUGGACACAGACACGGCGUUCUCCGACCUUGUGGGUGCAAGAGUAGCUUACGAAGCGUACACGUCGGUUGAGCCUGGACUGCAGAAGCUCUCCGUAGAUCCAGAGAGGCUCAGUCCCGCCGUGAAGCAGUUCUUCGUAGGCAACUGCGUCAAGUGGUGCCUGGAUGCAAAUUCCAAGUUGGUGAACUACGCUGGGCCCUUUCGUUGUGUGCUUCCCCUGGUUAAUUUCGGAGGCUUCAGUGAAGCGUUGCGCUGCAAGCGUAGCAGUGGUUACGCCUCCAUGCUCAAGUGCUCCUUGCUUUGA